AUGGCUGAACUUGUGAAAAUUUACAAAGAAUCUGAUUUGGGGACAAGAUUGCCUGCUUAUGAUGGGCGAAAGAGCUUGUACACAGCUGGCGAACUUCCUUUCGCUUGGAAGGAGUUUACAAUUAGGCUCAUUGAUGAAGAUGACAGCAUAAAUGGACCCAAGAGAGAGAGAGUGUAUAAAGUGGUGAUCAAGUUUGUAGCGCGUGCAAACUUACAUCACUUGGGCCAAUUUCUUGCUGGCAAGCGUGCGGAUGGUCCUAAAGAAGCUCUUCAGAUUCUUGAUAUUGUGCUCAGAGAGCUCUCGAUGAAAAGAUUCUGUCCUGUGGGGAGGUCGUUUUUUUCGGCCGACAUUCGAAAACCACAAAGGCUUGGUGACGGUUUGGAGGCAUGGUGUGGAUUUUAUCAGAGUAUAAGGCCCACUCAAAUGGGACUAUCACUCAACAUUGAUAUGGCUUCGGCUGCAUUUAUUGAGGCUCUACCAGUGAUCGACUUUGUUGCCCAAUUAUUGGGGAAGAAUGUGUUGUCGAGGCCGUUAUCAGAUUCCGACCGAAUUAAGGUUAAAAAGGCACUUAGAGGAGUAAAAGUCGAAGUGACUCACAGGAGAGAUUCAGUUGUUGAGUACUUCCAAGAAAUGUACGGUUUUACAAUCCAAUACACUCAUCUGCCUUGCCUUCAAGUGGGAAACCAGAAGAAGGCAAACUAUUUACCAAUGGAGGCAUGUAAAAUUGUGGAGGGGCAAAGAUACACUAAACGUUUGAGCGAGAAACAAAUUACUGCUCUUCUAAAAGUCACAUGCCAGAGGCCUAGGGAUCGCGAAAAUGACAUUUUGCAGACUGUCCAACACAAUGACUAUGAACAAGAUCCCUAUGCGAAGGAGUUUGGAAUCAAAAUCAGUGAGAAACUGGCUUCGGUUGAGGCAAGAGUGCUUCCUGCUCCCUGG